AUGAAGUCAUCCAUCAUCAUCGCCUUCUUGUCCAUCUGCCUUUUCACAACUCACAUUGCCGCCUUAGACCGAGAAUGCCCCCUCGAGUCUGAUUGCAUGCAAAAACUUUGUAAAAAUUUCAACUACAUAGGAGGGAAGGAAUGGGACCCAUUUUAUCUCGUUGCUGACUGUAAGAAUAAUCGAGGGACCUACGUCCACACCAAGCUUAAUCUCAAGAACUGCAUCGCCAACUGGGAUGGCCGGCUGGAAUGGACGCCAAGAGGCGGUUUCCAGUGUGGAGACUGCGGCGUCUUUCACAACAGUCCAGACGCAUUUGUCGGUCUGAGGUGCGAAGAAUGCAAGCCACUGAGAUUUUUCCCCGAGGGUUACAAGUGGUCUUACAUCAAUCUCUCUCAGGGCAUCUGGGUCAACAAGGACGGCGCUCUCAGCUGCUACGACAUGACGGGCGAGUGGCACAAUUAA